GCGAUAAGUGCUUUAAAACAGCCACAACUUUUCAAAUGAAACAGUAUUUAGAAAGUACUGUGCAUAUGUCAAUUAAGUAAUUGAGCUGAAGUGAGUGGGAGAGUCAGAGAGAGAGAGGAGGGCUCUGAGUCUGACACUGGGCUCCAGACAGGCUUAACUGGCCGCAGAUGAAGUUUUCAGUCACACGCUGCAACCGUGCGGGACUUUUCAGGAAUUCACAUUAUAACCAUCCAGACUCUCUUAUCUUCUGACUGAGAUGUUGCGAUGUUCCGUGCAGCCUUACAAAACGUGGACUUGUUUCGGGUGAUUUUGCUGUAUUUUGUUUUUCUACGGGAGACCGGCUGUAGAUCAGCCGAUGCAGACAGCUGUCAUGAGGUGAAGACAGCCUACAUGAUGCGCCAAAUAGGCCCGGUGGAGCUGGUGCCAGACAAACCGGGAACAGAUGAGUCUCUCCGAGUGUGCGUCCACCCUGGGCCCACUUGCUGUACAAGUAAGAUGGAGGACAGCUACAUGGCGGCUGUUCGCAGUGAAACGCAGCAAAAGAUGCAGUCUUACAGCUUCGAACUCAAGUACCUGAUUGCUGGACACACCAAGGCCUACCAAGAGACCUUCGAGUCGCUUGUGUCCUUCACAUCCAACCUGACCAGCUCUCUGUUUGACAGUGCCUACUCCGCUCUGGCGUCCGACUGUCGCCCCCUUGUGUUUCAGCUGUUCAGCGACAUCAAACGCCACCUCUCCGGGGACUCUGACUCCUCACUGGACAACACUGUACGUCAAUUCUACAAUGAUCUCUUCCCUUUGGUUUACCGCCGUCUGCUCAACCCUGGGAUUGGCCACACAUCACUCCAGUCCUUCUCCACCUCCACCACUCAUGAUGACUGCCUGCGUUUGACGCGGCAGGAUGUCAGUCCAUUUGGACCCCACCCUCGCCUCCUGGUCAGCAGCCUGUCCCGUGCCCUCAGGGCGGGUCGAGCAUUGAGCCGACUGCUCCGACUGGCUGGAGAAGUUGUGAAUGCGACAGAGAAGGCAACGUUAUCCAGAGAGUGUGGGAGAGGGUUAGUGAGGAUGCAGUACUGUUCCCACUGCAGGGGGUUGACACUGAUACGGCCCUGUACUGGACUGUGUGUUAACAUUAUGAGAGGAUGUCUGGUGGGUGUAGCAGAGCUUGGGGCCCCCUGGGGGAGUUUGGUGGUACUGCUCCAACGGUUAGCUGCCACUUUAGCAACUACCAGCAACCACAACAGCAUGGAGUUAGCUCUGCUAGCGGUCCGAAACCAUGUGAACGAUGCCAUUCUGCACGCACAGCUGCACGGGCCACGCAUCACAGCCACAGUAGAGAAGGUGUGUGGUCCCCAGGCAGCUGGUCCCAUGUUCACGAGUGUAAAUCCUAACACCUCCCAUAUUACGACAUCGGUGACUCCUGCUACAUCACUGACCUUAGAGAGGUCAUCUGUGACUUCACCUCCCUCAGCGGACCCCAUUGCUCAUCAGCGUCUGCAGCUGCAAUCCCGGAGGUUGUUCCCUCUUAAAGGUUCCAGAGGUGACAAGAGUCGAAGCCUGAAAAAACUGUCCAGGGAGUUUGAGGGUUCUAUCCAGCGGUACCAGUGGUUUUUCUCAGAGCUGCCAGAGAUGCUUUGUGAGAGUGAGAUGGAGGUUGAGCAGCACACAUGCUGGAGUGGCCAAGACGUCGCAGAGAGUUAUGCGGGUCGUGUGGUUGGCAGCACUUUAAAAGCCCAGAGGGAGAACCCGGAGAUGACCAUCCGCAAUACAGAUCCUGUCCUGAAGGGGGCGAAACAGAAACUGGAGCAGCUCACACAGGAGCUGUUAGCAGAGCUCGGCUGGGCGAGCAAAGCCAGAAGAAGGGGGGAAGAAGAGGAGGGAGGGAGCGCACAGACAGACAGAGGCAGUGGAAACGACUGUGAUGAUGAAGAUGGCUGUGAAGCAUCUGGUGAGGAGAACAGUGAUGAGACAGGUGACACAUCCAGUGGCCGCAGUCCAGGCACCAAGAACGUAGCUCCUCCUCCUCCUCCUCCUCCAUCUCGUCGGCCCAUCCCUCCUCAUCACCUCUCACCUCCACAGGUGGCUGUUCAAGGCUCAGCCCACACGCUGACUGUCGGACCUUUACCUUUGACCCUGGUUACCCUGCUGCUUCUUCUGUUGUCAACAUGGGAACCACGCUGACCAUCGUGAGACAGAUCCCGAGACGGACAGAGACAGAAGAGACUGAGAGUCAACCACCGUAGGUUUUGUGGUGGUGUUUGGUAUUUGGAGUUUCAGUAAGCACAGCUAAACCACCCUGAUUGUUUUAUUUUGGGUGGCACGGCUGGUGGGACAGACUGUGAAUUUAUCACAGUUGGAGGUGCACAGUAUGCAUUUUUAUAUUACCUGUACUGACCUCUACAUGUGUUUAUUUUUAUUUAACUCUAAUAGGAUAGAUUGCACAGCACUACUUUUUUUGAAGAGAGAUGUAAAUACAAUAUAUAUAUAUUAUAUAUUUAUAUGAAGAGUUUCUAUAGAUAACAGUGGCUUGAUGUGUAAAUAGAGAUUAAUAUAGAACAGAGCGAAUUGACUUGGACAGUUUGGUCUGACCUUUACAUUAUGUAUCCCCCACAGAGAUUAAGAUCCAUGAGAGUCAAAUUGAAAGCCUUCACCUGCUAAAGCAGCAGUGUAUUUACUCAUAUUCUCAUACAUUUUGUGAGGAUUUAUUCACAUUAAAGAAAACUCAGCAUUCAGAGCUAAACUUAGGCUGGAAAAGGACAUUGAGGCACUUUCUCGAUAGGAAAAACAACCAAUUAUAUGAAACUGCAGACUAUUCACAGAUGGUCAUGCAGCAUAAUGAAAAAUUCAACUGUUUAGCCUAGAAGUCUGUGCAGACUGAAGCCUUUCCAGCACUUUUUUUUUAAACACAAACUUGCUCUUUUGUUCAUGCAAGCUGGGAGAUUUUUUUUAUUUUUUAUUUCUGCAGCAAGUAUGCUGAAGAAUUCAAAUUUGUCCAGAAAUGGCUCCCAGUGGAGUGUGUCCCAUAGUUUGUCAUUUCAAGGUGCAUAAUGUCUUUCAGAGUCCUGAUAGUUGUGGGAAAAAUGAGUAUAGACUGUUUUCCUCAGAAGACAUACAGUGGGCAGAGUUGUAAAAGCACUGCAGGGAGGGAUAGGGAGGAAUAUAACAGCUUUCACUUCAACUUCAAUUUCACUUCCAAUCUGCCACAGCUGCCCAUGACAGGAAGCUCUGUUAAAAAUAAGAAUAUCCUAAACAAUAAACAGCACCCUGUGCAAGAAAAGUCCAAAUAUGGCCAUCGUUUGAGAGACAGAAGCAACCAUCUGCCUGUACAAUGAAUCAUUUGACAUUUCAUUGUCAUUCAUUGCAAACACUGAACUGUCACAGUGAUUUCAAAGGGUGGCUGGUCUCCAAAUGUUUUAAUUAAAACUACAACAACAGAAAAUAUGAUACUGCUUUUUCUACGGUCUGAUACAUGUGUUAUCAGCUCGUCUCCGUAUCCACUGAAGUCAAGAGACUGUGUAUCAAGAGAGUGAUCGGAGUAGAGCUGAGCCCAGAUCCAAACAUGUGAAUUAAAUGUAAUUCAUAUUAAUUAAGAUUAUCAAGUCCUCACGGCUCUCUGUUGAGUCUCAAACCCCCUGAACUGAUCACAAUAGCAGGAUAGACAACUGGAAUACUGAUUAAAUAAUUUGAAAAUGGUACAAACAAACCAACUGAAGGACACCAAGUGCAUUUCUGUCAGUGGCUGACUGACUUUCUUCUCAGAUGUAUCACGCUGUGCUGCAUGUAAUAACUAGCUCAGUUAUAUGUAAGACCUUUUCCCCCUGAGGUUUCACUCUGUAGAUUGAAUUACAGUUAUUUUUAUCCUUGAUUUUCUGCUACAAAAUAGCAAAACACUCCUGAAUGUGACUUACUGACACUCACCUGAGCCAGUUUAUUUAUGAAGGUAUGUGACUGGCAGAUGAGACAACUUAAGAAAUACCAUUAAGAGCUUAAGUGUGUGAGUUAUCUGGGCAGUGAGCCCAAAUACCAUGUUAGGUAGCAGGAUGCUUUUACAACAUAAUCUGUCAAACAAAUGUGCUUUUAUUUGAUUACAGUUGAAACAUUAUACCCAAAUGAGAUGAGAUUUUGGACUCAAGCCAACCCCUCCAUCUUUAACCAGGCGACCAUGUACAUAAACAAACCACCAACAUGCACAGAUGCACAUACAGAGACCUUAAAUGGGAUAAGUGGAGGUAUAAAAUUUAUGGAUAUAUAUAGUUUUAUUAUUUCUCAACUUGGGUUAACACCAGUGUGGGCUGUUGACAGCAAUUGUGAGAUUUUGAAAAUAUAUAAAAAAUAUAUUUUCUUAUAUUUUAUAUGCUUUUAAGCUUUGCAAAACAUAAAAUAAUAAGCAUUUACAGCUCUCUUGGGUAAUAAUUCAAUUUAAGUCAUCUGGGAAGUGAAGAUAAAACUGAUAAUUUGGUGUUACAAGUCGUCAUUCUGUGGAUGCUCACCUCCUCUUAGGAGCUACAAACUAUUGUCAAGGGAUCGCAACUUGAAAUGUCGAGAAAUCUUUGUAGUGAAAGGUGUUUGAAUCUCAAAGCACGCACAGUGUUUGUAUAUGAGGUUGAGGAGUGUUUUUAAUUUCAAAGUGUUAAGUGGUACAGAAAUUACUUUCUGUUGUUCCUGUAGUGCUGUGCUGCCGUAAUGGUUCUCCACAUGUGUGUUGGGGCACACUGGUGUGCCAGCGGGCGAGCUGUGCUGUGUCAUUGUUAAAUAAAACCAUUAAAUGUACUUUAUCCAAGUUUAACAGCUCUCUUAGUUUAGUAUUACUAAUGAUUUUGUUGCAGGGCCACCAGGAUGCAAGAAACAACCAGUCAGCAACUAUGGUUUCUCUCACAACACUCAAUGUAAACUAAACCCGUGACUCUGAUGUAAAACAUAAAUGAACCCACUGUAAUUCACUGUGUCCUGCUACUCUGUUGUGUCAGUAAUCAUCAGUUUAAUAUCCUCAGUAAUAAACUGUUUUCAACUUCA